AUGGGAGAUAGAAAAAAAACUUUAUGGGAGAAAACUACAAAAAAAGUUGUUACACACUAUAGUUUUCAAAUUGAUAAUAAUGUUUCCUCACAGAAACUGAGCGUGAAUUUUCGAGGUGUUCCUCAGAUAUUAGUAGGUGGUCAAUAUAAUGGAUUAUCGUUAUAUGAUGGUGACUCAGGCGAGCAAGAGACUUAUGACGCAAUGACUGGAUCUCUGAUAACUCAGCCGCCAAACCAUACUUUUCAUCUUGCUGCCUCUACUUCGUAUAAUGGAACUAUUAAUGCAUUAUGUGUAAUUCCUCGGUCCCAGAAUAGCCUUUACGAUAUUGAUGUAUAUGUUGGUGGUAACUUUACUUUUCUUGGUAAUAAACCGCUAAAUAAUAUUGCGCGUUAUGAUCCCACUACACAAACAUUUUACGCGCUUACAGAAGGAUUAGAUAAGCCGGUUAAUUCCUUGUACUGUGAUGCUAAUAAUUCGUUGGUUUAUGUUGGUGGUGAUUUUGUCGCCCCAGUAAAUGCUUCAGCACAUGGAUUAAAUGUCACGAAUUUUGGUGGUGGUGUGGCGAUAUGGCAUACAGGAAAUUCAUCUUGGACACCUCUUCCUUUUAAGGGAUUUAAUGGUCCAGUGAAUUCUAUCACAUAUAAUGAGCAAAAUCAUACUAUUUAUUUUGGUGGUCAAUUUGAUGCUACUGAUGAUGGUAAUUUUGGUACUAUUGCUAAUAAUACACAACCAAUAGUCUUACAAAAUACUUCAAUAUCUGCUGGAAAUACGGGAACUCUCACGAAUUUUACUAACCCAUCAGUAUUACUAUGCAGCAAUGAACCUGAUGGUCCGGGGAACACUUGGUUAUUGGAAAAUAGCGAAGUGGGCGUAUUACGAUUAAAAUUUGAUUAUAAAUUAACGCCCACGGCAAUUGGUUUUAUGAAUACUAACUAUCAAGGAAGGGGAACAAAGACGUUUAGGUUGAUUUCCCUUCCAGAUAAUGCCAUAAUUGAACUUUCGUAUACGAACACUACCACUGGGACAACGAUGACUUGCUCGGAUUCAUGUCCUUUGGAUCCUUCUAAUAGUGUCUAUCAAAUAUAUAAUUUCAUUAAUCCGACAGAAAUGACGGGUAUUCAGAUAUUAAUUACGGAUUUUUAUGGUGAUGGAGGUGGCCUCCAUGGCAUUCAGCUAUAUCAAAGUGAUGUUGUCGCUCGUGGGGUUAGUAUUUUUAACACUCCUACAUGUUCAGAUUCUUCAAACUCUUCGUUUUAUCCGAACGCAACUACUGUUGGAAACUGGACCUCUGAAUUACUUUCUGGGGUCUGGGAUACUGUGUUAAUGACUACGAUUCCUGCUGGAGAGGUAACUAAUAGCACUGCAAAGCUUACCUUGAAACCAUAUAUCCCGCAAUCCGGUUAUUAUAAUGUUACUCUCAGUUCACCGUCAUGCAUUUCAGUUGGAUGUGAUAGUGUCAUACCUAUCGAUGUUAACGUUACGGUCUCUCCGGGUGUAUCAAUCGUGGUAACCAUAACACAAAAUUCUUCAAGUUCUAGCACCAUAACCUACACCCUCUACAGUGGUUAUGUUCUUGCAACCUCGACGUUUUUUCAACCAACUGUUGAAAUUACAGUGUCAAAGUCAGCUGUGGCACCAAGUGACGGUAGUGAUGCUAUUAUAUAUGUCGAUCAUAUUCAAUUUACAAAAAUUGAUAAUCAUACCUCAUUGAAUGGAUUCUUUCAAUACUAUCCAUUAACAAAUACGGUUCAAGCCUCGUAUGGGCUUAAUGGAUCGUUGCCUCCAAAAUCUAUAAUAAACGAUGUAGUUGCGUUGUCAUCAUCAAUGGUAGUGAUUGGUGGUAGUUUUAAUAAUGGUUCAUAUUCCAAUAUUGUGUUAUAUGAUGGCAUAAGCUUCAUUCCUCUUAGUAAUAUGGGUCUUAAUGGUCGCGUUAACACUAUGCUUCUAAUUGAUAAAGAUUUAUUUGUCGGUGGGUUAUUUAGUAAUUUAGGCAACGGGUCCUUAUACGGAUUGAAUAAUAUUGCGAGAUAUAAUCUUGAUACAAAACAAUGGUAUCCAAUUAGUGGUGGUGUCAAUGAUGAAGUCACUCGUAUACGUUUAGCUUCGGUCAAUAAUGAUGGAACUUCACGAAUACAUGUUGCCGGUAAAUUUGAUACCUUAAUAAAUCCGAGUCUUUCCUCCCAGAACAAUAUAAUUGGUAAUGUCACUUUUGGCUACGCCAUGUGGGACAAUAAAUUAGAAAAUUGGGUUAAUACGGGUUAUAUAGAUGGUACUAUUGGUGAUAUUGUUUCAUAUAAUAUUCCGGGUUCUCAAACCGGACCUUUGACUUUCUGGGGUGGUAGAAUGAAUUCUACGCAAUCUACUAUGUCGUCUAGUGGAGGCCUACUUACUCAAUCUGGAUAUAAUCCGCUUCCCUUGUUUCCACAAGCGACGAAUGGCAUUCUACCAGAUUUUAUAAUUAACAGUAUAGUACAAGCUAAUGAUACUAAAAGUAAUAAAACUUUUACUGUAAUUGGUGGAAAAUUCAAAAUCGGUAACAUCACUAACGUAGCUAUAUUGGACAAUAAUGUAUGGAGGGGUAUGUCACCAUCCAAUUUUCAAGGAGAGGUCAAAGUUGUCGUUCUCAUUAAUAAUGUUCUGUAUGCUGGAAGUGAACUUAAUGGUAUUGAUGGUAGCGCUUUCGCUGUUUACAAUUUGAACAGUGAUAUAACUUAUCCACAAACAUUGACGGCAAAUGAUAAAGUCGUCAGAGUCAAUACUAUAAAAUAUCGGACUGGUACAGACGAUUACAUUGUUGCUGGCAAAUUUGAUAAAGCUGGUCAAUCAAGUUGUUCAAAUAUUUGUUCUUUUAAUUCUAUUUCUGGACAAUGGAAAGAGUUAAAUUCUGCCCUUUCUGGAGAAAUUUUAUCGAUGGAUUUCGUAGGAGUAAUAAGUCCAAGUCGAAAUUAUCUCGUCGUCGUCGGAAAUCUGAUGCUUGGUGGAAAAGGAUUGAUUUAUGUUGCUGAAUAUGAUUUUAAUCGAAACGUAUGGCAAGAACAAGGCACACAGGGAAGUGGAGAUACACAACUUCCUGGAACUCCAACCGUAAUCAUCAAUUAUUUUCUUGCGAGUAAUCAACAAUAUUUUGUUUCGGGAUCCGAUAACAAUACUGGUGAAGCUUAUAUACGAAAAUGGGAUGGCUCCAAAUAUCAAAACAUCAAUCCACAGCUUUUAAAAGGUUCUGUAAUAAGAAAAAUGACAUUGGUUCCUGCAAGUAACUCUCACUCGAACAAUGGUAUUUUGGAUCCUGCCUGGUUACUUCUAAUCAGCGGGUCUCUCAUAUUAAAAGAUUAUGGUAAUGUUAGUGCUGCCUUGUUCGAUGGUAAUACUAUCUAUCCUUUCUUAUUGUCGUCAAACCGUGGAAAAUCUGGCAAUAUUAUGUCAAUCUUUACAUCGAUCAUUCCUGAAUUUUUGGCUUUACAAAAAUUCUUACCAGUUCCGUUAGUCAUAUUGAUUUCUGCAGCAAUAGCAUUUUUCAUUGUAUUUUUAAUUGUUGCAGCUGGUUUGGCUUACGAUCUCAAGAGACAACGAGCAGCCAAAGGUAGCUUAAAAGCUAGUCCAAGAAAUUCAGGAAAGGCAGCAAUGCGAGAUGGCGAAUUACGUGAUACCAUAAAUUCAUUAAUAGCACAGCGAAGUGAUCCUCGACACUCAGUAACAUCUAGUAAUGUAAGAAGUUCUGCAGCAUUUUCUGAUGAAAAAGCGAAUGAUUUUAUGUCGAGUAUUAUGGGAGGAGCAGGUGUUGCAGUAUCUGAGUCGGGGCAAAAAUCUGCAAUGCAUAGUAAUAUUUCUAGCGAGUAUUCUGCAACAGAUAGAGCCAGGGCAGCUCAAGCUUUCUUAAUUAAUCAUCCAGAAGCACGACAAUACUAUGCAAGAUAUCCAUUUAUUGCAAAAGAAGAAGGAGAAUUAGAUUUCGGCGUUGGGGAUUCGAUAUAUGUAGUGGAUACUAGUGAUGAAGUGUGGUGGCUAGGAUGGAAAGAUGAUGGAACUGGCAAUUUUAUACAAGGUCUAUUCCCAAGUAAUUAUGUGGUAGAGGAUCCGAAUUAUGCUGCUUCCGGAUCAUGA